AUGGCACAUCGUCAUCAUCAAUUGUUCAGCUACGCCCUCCAACCAUCCUACGCUGCCGCCUCUGCCGUUUCUCCCGCACCUCCGCCGCAACCGCAACCGCAACCGCAUCCACAAUCACAGCCAAAAUUCGCUCUUUCUUCUCUUUACGGUUCCUCAGCUGACCACUACUUCCCCGAUACCACUCUCCGGUUAUCGACUCGCGACGGAUCCGACGCUCUGAGCAGCUAUUCCUCUUCCUUAGCGUCCUCUUCCGCUAUGUACCACCAUCUUCCCAACACGACGGCCGCGCAUUUGUCGUAUCCGCAGCUGCUGCAGCAGCAGCAUCAGGAAGCUUGGCCGCCUGGCGUGGAGGUUCCCGUUGCUGCUUCCGCCGUCGAGCCUCUUCCUCCUGGUGUCAAACGCACCUCUGAAGCGCUCUACUAUCCGACUCUCUUGGGAGCCCAUAAUACAAUUGGUCAAACGGAAGCAGCUUGGUAUAGUGCCGACUAUUAUACCAAGCGCCUUAAGUUGGAGAGUACGAGCCAUUUGCCUGUAUACCCUCAGAGGGCAGGGGAGAAGGAUUGUACACACUAUAUGCAAACAAGAACUUGUAAAUUUGGAGAGAGCUGCAAGUUUGAUCAUCCUAUUUGGGUUCCUGAGGGCGGAAUCCCAGAUUGGAAAGAGGCACCGCUUGUUGUUCCAACCGAAGAGUACCCUGAGAGACCAGGAGAACCGGAUUGUCCUUACUAUAUAAAAACACAACGAUGCAAAUACGGUUCAAAGUGCAAGUUUAAUCAUCCUAAAGCAGUGUCUGCAAUUAGUGCAGAAAAUCCAGAUGGAUUACCUGAGAGGCCUUCUGAGCCCCCAUGCACUUUCUACAUGAAGACUGGAAAAUGUAAGUUUGGUUUAGCAUGCAAGUUCCACCACCCAAAGGAUAUCUUGCUACCAUCAUCAAGCCAAGAUAAUGGUAGCAGUGAGGCGUUCACCAGUGAUCUUGAGGCCGCCAACAAUCCGCACGUGACAUUUGCCCCAGCCCCGUAUCACAACUCGAAAGGACUACCUGUUAGACCGGGUGAAGGGGAUUGCCCAUUCUAUCUCAAAACCGGAAGCUGCAAGUAUGGCGCCACUUGUCGCUACAAUCACCCUGAGAGGACUGCAUUUAUCCCUCAAGCUGCUGGGAUAAAUUACCCUCUACUAUCCUCGACGGCUACGAGUUUAAACCUUGGGAUGGAUUACUCAGCUGCCUCGCUCUAUCAGACUCUUGCUCAACCCUCGCUUGGAGCACUUGCAGCAGUUUAUCCCCAAAGACCUGGACAACCAGAAUGUGACUUCUACAUGAAGACAGGAGAGUGCAAGUUUGGGGAGAGAUGCAGAUUCCAUCACCCUGCAGAUAGGUUAAGUGCAACGAUCAAACCAGCUUCCCAACAACCGAAUGUUAAGCUGAGUCUUGCAGGCUAUCCUAGAAGAGAGGGUGCGCUUAAUUGCCCUUAUUACAUGAAGACAGGGACUUGCAAGUACGGGGCAACAUGCAAGUUUGACCAUCCUCCUCCAGGUGAGGUGAUGGCUAAGACCACCUCAGAAGCCGAUGCUAGUGGAGGAGCCGACACUGCUCAAUGA